UCUGCCCUGCUCGCCUUCUUGACAGUUCGACAACUGUCAACGGAUAAACAAGAAAAGUCAAAGUGAAAAUCAAGGAAUUCCACCCCGGAGCGGAUUCCAACAUAUUUUAGUCGCGUUUUUACCAGUGCCUAGACAAAUAUGUGGAACUCACUUAGUGAUAUUAAGUUAUAUGAAGAUUUACUCGCGAAACGACUGGCUGACGGCCACCUUUUGACUGAGAAGGAUGUGAAUUUCCAGAAAAUUUGCAGAACUUGCUUGCGUGACGCUCCAGACACAAACAAUUUGCUUAAGGAUUUUGAAAUUGGCGCAAUGAACUUCAAUUUCGAUGGGAAAAUAUUGAAACUGAUUGAUAUGCUGGCCGAAUCGACGAAUUUGGAAGUUAGUGAAUUAGACAAUCUCCCGCAUCAAAUUUGCAACAACUGCAUUCAAAAUAUCAGCGGAGCAUAUUUCUUCCGUUUGCAAUGCCAUAAAGCCGAGAAUCUACUGCAUCGUCUACACUUUCAUUCGAAUCAAUAUGCCGCACCAGAAUCAGAAAAAGAGCAGAGAAAUGACAUUAUAGAAAUGAAGUCCGUUGAAGACCAACAGCAAGAUGAUAUAUCAAUUGCACCAGAUUUCAUUGAAAUUUGUCCGGAAAAUGAGGGUGACUACAACGAAAAAGAAAUGAGUGUUGAAUUCGAUGGGGUCCAGUAUGAAAUAAAUCAAGAAAUAUUUCAUAUGAAGGACGAAGAACUCUCUGAGUCGGACGACCGGAUCGCAGCGUAUUCAGGCGAGGAAAAAGAGGAGGAGGAAAUAGUUUCUGGUGAUACCAAAUUGCAACAAAUUAAAAUAGAAAUAAUCAAAGGCGAAGAAAAUAUUGUACCAAUUUCCAAAGAAGAAACGAAAAAACGUAAAAGAUUUGAGCGAAAGAAAAAAGACAAUGAUACAAGCGAAACAGAUCAGUCCCUCGACAAGAGAUACCGUUGUGAAAUUUGUGAUGCAAAAUUUACAAAAGUACAAAGUCUGAAGCGACAUGUAAAGAUUCAUCAAGCAGAUCAAAAGAAGAAAGUAUGCCCAUUUUGUGGUAAAGGAUUCAUUCGGGCUGACGACUUGACUAGGCACAUCCGAAUUCAUACAGGCGAACGACCAUACGCUUGCGACCUUUGCCCGAAAAGGUACAAACAAACAUCUGAACUAAAAGAACAUAUGUUGACCCAUAAUAAACAGAAAACGUUCAUUUGUUCGAUUUGUGGAAAAGCCUUACAAACUCGCAACGGUCACUACGUCCACAUGCGUACGCACUUGGGUCUUAAAAACCACAUCUGCGAAUUAUGUGGAAAUCGUUACGUGACAUCAGGCGAACUAAAUUCCCAUAUCCGCCAUAUCCACGAAAAGAAAAAACCAUUCCAUUGCAGUGUGGAAAGUUGCAACCGAUCGUUCGGUACAAAAAGUUCCCUAGAAAUUCAUGAGCGCACGCAUACCGGAGAACGUCCUUACCAAUGCACAUACUGUGACAAACGGCUGGCUACGCAAUCGUCUCUGUCCGAUCACAUACGCAUUCAUACAGGGACGAGUCGUCACAAGUGCGAAAUAUGUAACAGAGUUCUGAUAACUCAACAAGCAUUAAAAAAGCAUUUACUAAUCCACGAAGCACCAAGUGAAAAGGAAGGCGAUUAUGAAUGCCAGAAUUGCAACAAACGCUUUAGUUACUUAAAGGAAUUCGAAGAUCAUAUGAGCCAGCAAUGCACGGAGUAUGAGCAAUUAACUGGAGAGCUAGAUGAUAACAUUGAGAUUGUAGACAAUAUCGAAGAGGAUGGUAGAGUUGACGGAAUGUAUAUUAUGGAGAUUGAGACGGUGUAGUUUAGUAAAAAAAAAUUAAAUAUAUAUUUGAAAAAAUA